AUGAAAGAUGACACUCCUAUUCGACACAUAGCCUGGACACGUCGGUCUACAGACUCUCUGAGCCCGUUUGGGCACAUCAGAAUUCAUGUUCCUGAGGCGAGGGCACACAAAGUGCCAUCCCGGAUGCAGCUUUUUGGACAAGCAACAAGCGUCCAACGAGUUCCGAACAAGCAGCUAUUGCGCACCUGA